UUAACUCAGGCGGGAUUAAACUAGACACGAGCAUGGAUUCUGAGUACGUCAUCAGCAAUCCCCUCCUGCCAGACGACUACGACAUAGACCCCGUCCCACCAACAGAAUGCGGCGUUCCAGUUCCGGAAUCAGUUCAUCGCGUCACAGGACCGUCGCGGACUGGGUUCCUCCUGAAUGUAUACUCACGCUCAAAAAACAAGACCAUUACCCCUCUCGUUCGAGGCGGGAUUGACGCCGACCCUCGAAAAUGGCCCUGGAUUGCUUUGCUGGGCACCCGUGCUGCCAACAGACGACCCAGUUGGCUCUGCGGCGGUACGCUGAUCAGCAACCGACACGUGCUGACGGCUGCCCACUGCUUCUACGAUGGACAUGGGGCGCUCAUAAACUCGACUUGGGUGGUUCGCCUUGGCGAGUAUAAUCGCAAGUUUGCAGACAGUUAUACCAGGGACAUGACGGUGAAGAAACAUAUUAUCCAUUCCGGCUUUCAGCUUAAUGGCCUUCACCACGACUUGGCGUUGCUGGUGCUCUCAAAGACGGUGAUCUUCACGGACUUCAUCAAGCCAAUCUGCCUGCCCACCGCGCCCACGGGCGAUAUGGUUGGCAAGAGGCUCUACGUGGCUGGCUGGGGUUACUACGUUGGAACCACACCCAGCCAAGUCUUACAAGAAAUCAGCCUGCCUGCGAUCACCAUGAAAAAGUGCGAGGCUGUCAUCGACCCAAAUCGAGAAGUAUAUCCAAACGGGCUUCAGAACACCAAGCUAUGUACGGCAACAAAACUGUCCGACAGAGAUGUGUGCAAGGGUGACUCUGGCGGUCCAAUGGUGCAUCUCCGCUCCGAUGGUCGGUAUCAACUGGUCGGAGUCGUUUCGGGAGGGACCGCGACGUAUUGCAAAGUUACCGCAAACUCUCUGAGUAUUUUCAACCGAGUCAGCACGUAUGUGGACUGGGUACACAACAAGAUGAAGUGACACAUACGCGCACGGAACAGGCCGGAACACAGCCGUCAUAAGUCGCUGUUUGCUGGACAAACGCGUGACCAUCGCACCCUCGUGUUUAAGCUUGAGACAGCUGCUGUGCGAGUUUGAGACAGCUUUAUUCCCUUGCAAGGGUGUCGCCAUCAACUUUGAUAGUGGGAAGAGGGCAUGAUGCCGUCACAACGGUGCUUGAAUAAAAGUGGGUGAGAAA